GGUGCCUGGAGACUGUAUUGGCCGGAGGCCCAGGGAGCCCUCCAGCCAGGGCAGCAGGACGCUGUGAGAGAGACGACUGGGACACCCCCUGCUCUCCUCAGGCCUUGACAGAGACAGUCUGCCACCACCACCCCCUCCACCGCUGUCACCAUGGCCAGAGAGCAGCCCAACGUAGGGGACCUCCUCCCUCUCCUGGAGUCAUCUGACAUCCGCCAACUGGAGGAGAUCAAAGGCCUUAUCAAUGAGCACCUCAGCACUGGUGAGAACUCUGCUUUUUAAUAGGGUGUUUUUGGACUCAGUCACUCAGUCUUUUGGACUUGGUCAGUCGUCCUUUAACCUGUACUCUGAUGAUUGUAAUAGAGGGCUCUGGCAAAUUCUAUUAUGCAGCCAUAUUGUGGGCCAUAAUGUGGAUGUUGGAACUACGUUCAUUCUCCCCUCCUCUCUGUGCAGAGCGAGGGUCCAUGCUGCUGAAUGGACUGGUGGACUACUUCCUGGAGACUAACUCGGCCCAGGCCAUGCAUAUCCUCUCGUCAGUCAGAGAGCCACAUGAUAAGGUGAGAGCUGCCUUACCCCACCAUCACCUUUAUCUGAAGAGAGUAAUGUACCCCCAUUUUUCAUCCAUUGUUAAUUAAAUAACUUUAACUCUCUUAAUUGAUCAAAUCAAAUCAUAAAACAUGUAUUAAGUAACAAUGAAUAGUAUGAGUGUCUUAAAGCCCAAUGUUGUUUCUAAUUUGCCCACCACAGCACCUGUUGGACAAGAUGAACGAGUGUAUGACCAAGCAGGCCUGCCGGCUGUCCACCCUCACUCUGCUUGGCCACGUGGUUCGCAAGCAGCCGUCCUGGAUCCACAAGAUCGCCCGCUACCCGCUGCUGCUCUCGCUGCUCAAAUGCCUCAAGGUAUUAAAAAUAAAAAUACUGAAAAUAUGUUUUAUUGUAGGUAGGAGGGAAAGAUGGGCCAAUAGCCACAGAGGUCUCCUUUAAUAUAUGUUUUUGGUUCUAGGAAUACAUGGAAGCACAGGCUUAUUAUAUCAAGUGUCCUGGACCUCUUUAAUUUGUAUCCUCAGGUUAACUGUUUCUCUUUCCUUGGUGUACAGACGGAUUCAGACGUUGUGGUCCUCAUAACUGGAGUCCUGGUGUUGAUCACUCUGCUACCUAUGAUCCCCCAGGCUGGCAAACAACACCUGUAUGAGUUCUUUGACAUCUUUGGCCGCCUGGCUUCCUGGAACCUGAAGAACCCAGGUAAUCAUUGAGAAAAAAGACUGGCUACCACAGCAUGAGUUUAAAUGUAUUUGGCUAAGGUGUAUGUAAACUUCCGACUUCAACUGUAGCUUAAUACUGCCCCUGGCAGUAUUAAGCUACAGUUGAAGUCGGAAGUUUACAUACACCUUAGCCAAAUACAUUUAAACUCAAUAGUGAAGACAUCAAAACUAUGAAAUAACACAUAUGGAAUCAUGUAGUAACCAAAAACGUGUUAAACAAAUCCAAAUAUAUUUUAGAUUCUUCAAAGUAGCCACCCUUUGCCUUUAUGACAGCUUUGCACACUCUUGGCAUUCUCUCAACCAGCUUUGCCAACAGUCUUGAUGGAGUUCCCACAUAUGCUGAGCACUUGUUGGCUGCUAUUUCUUCACUCUGCGGUCCAACUUAUCCCAAACCAUCUCAAUUGGGUUGAGUUCGGGUGAUUGUGGAGGCCAAGUCAUCUGAUGCAGCACUCCAUCACUCUCCUUCUUGGUCAAAUAGCCCUUACACAGCAUGGAGGUGUGUUGGGUCAUUGUCCUGUUGAAAAAUAAAUGAUAGUCCCACUAAGCGCAAACCAGAUGGGAUGGCGUAUCGCUGCAGAAUGCUGUGGUAGCCAUGCUGGUUAAGUGUGCCUUGAAUUCUAAAUAAAUCACAGACGGUGUCACCAGCAAAGCACCCCCACACAAUCACACCUCCUCCUCCAUGCUUCAUGGUGGGAACCACACGUGCAGAGAUCAUCAGCGUCUCACAAAGACACAGCGUUUGGAACCAAACAUCUCAAAUUUGGACUCAUCAGACCAAAGGACAGAUUUCCACGGUCUAAUGUCCAUUGCUCGUGUUUCUUGGCCCAAGCAAGUCUCUUCUUCUUAUUGGUGUCCUUUAGUAGUGUUUUCUUUGCAGCAAUUCGACCAUGAAGGCCUGAUUUCACUCAGUCUCCCCUGAACAGUUGAUGUUGAGAUGUGUCUGUUACUUGAACUCUGUGAAGCAUUUAUUUGGGCUGCAUUUUCUGAGGCUGGUAACUCUAAUGAAAUUAUCCUCUGCAGCAGAGGUAACUCUGGGUCUUGCUUUCCUGUGGCGGUCCUCAUGAGAGCCAGUUUCAUCAUAGCGCUUGAUGUUUUUUGCGACUGCACUUGAAGAAACCUUCAAAGUUCUUGAAAUGUUCCGUAUUGACUGACCUUCAUGUCUUCAAGUAAUGAUGGACUGUCGUUUCUCUUUGCUUAUUUGAGCUGUUCUUGCAAUAAUAUGGACUUGGUAUUUUACCAAAUAGGGCUAUCUUCUGUAUACCAACCCUACCUUGUCACAACGCAACUGAUUUGCUCAAACGCAUUAAGAAGGAAAGAAAUUCCACAAAUUAACUUUUAACAAGGCACACCUGUUAAUUGAAAUGCAUUCAAGGUGACUACCUCAUGAAGCUGGUUGAGAGAAUGCCAAGAGUGUGCAAAGCUGUCAUGAAGGCAAAGGGUGGCUAUUUGAGGAAUCUCAAAUAUAAAAUAUAUUUUGAUUUGUUUAACACUUUUCUGGUUACUACAUGAUUCCAUAUGUGUUAUUUCAUAGUUUUGAUGUCUUCACUGUUAUUCUACAAUGUAGAAAAUAGUAAAAAUAAAGAAAACCCCUGAAAUUAGUAGUUGUGUCCAGACUUUUGACUGGUACUGUACAUGUUUGUGAGAGUCACCUUUACUCAGAGGGGUCAUAUUAGUCUGCCCAAACUGUUCGGAAGGUACAGACAGAAGUUGGCGGAUCGACUGUACCGACUUCAGACGAGUCCCAAGACGUGAGAGUCUCAUAUUUCCAUAAAGGGGUAUAAUAGUUUGUAGGGCAAACCGUUCGGAGGCUACAGACGAUUUUGUGAGAAGACCGAUUUUCGGGAUGUCUCAUGGUCUGACAAACACUGUUCUAGCUCUGUCACCUUUCCCCGCAGAUGCGGACGUGUAACUUUGGCGGAUGCUUAAACCGAGGGCUUUUUAUGUGGAUUUUUGUACUAUACUAAUUAGAUUUCCGCGGGGGUGCGGACAUUGACCUAAGGGGAAUAUUUGAAAUGGUAGAGAGCUAGGCGUGGUUUUAGAUGGACUAUUUUUGUUCAUGUUGCUGCCCCUGACCUGACAUGUUCUCUCCUUCUGUUCCUCUUGCCUACCCCAGGCCACGUCUCCGAGGUGUACCUCAUCCACCUGCACGCCAGCGUCUACUCGCUCUUCCACCGCCUCUACGGCAUGUACCCCUGCAACUUUGUGUCCUACCUACGCUCCCACUACAGCAUGAAGGAGAACGUGGACACCUUUGAGGAAGUGGUGAAGGUGAGAGACCAUCGCUGUUUCAUGUGAUCAAUCUUCAAUUUAUUCUGUUGAGUUAUCUUCAUGAAGACAUUCUACCCAUAGAAAUAUAAUAAGAAUAUGUGUAUCUAAAUGGUUCCAUAAUUUUAUUUUUUGUUCUUUCCCAUUUUUUUUGCAGCCAAUGCUAGAACACGUCCGUAUACACCCGGAACUAGUUACUGGAACUAAGGACCAUGAGCUUGAUCCCACCAGGUCAGUCAAUCACAGAUCUCAAGCUUCACUCUCUUGUUUAUAUACCAUUUUCUGUCAACCAAGUCAAGAGCUUAUCUGCUGUAUGAACAAAUGAGAAAUUAUUAUUACAUCGUUUUCUCAGUGGGAUUGACCAUUCUGUUCCCCUGCAGGUGGAAGAGGUUUGAGAUCCAUGACAUCGUCAUAGAAUGUGCAAAAGUGUCUCUGGACCCCAAGGAAGCAUCAUGUGAGGAGGGCUAUGCCACCAUGCCCGAAAACCUCUACCCCCAGAUGCAGCUUUGCCCAAAAGACUCAGCCUCUAGCCCCUUCACAGACUUCCACAGCAGCUUCGGUGAGAGCACCCCCCCCCCCCACACACACACACACACACACACACACACCUCUCACCUCUCAUUGGUGGAUAGGAAUAACAUAACAGUUUGAUUGGUGUUCUCACUGAGUAUUGUUCAUGUUCAAAAUUUGUUUACAUUUUUUUCACUCAGUCGUUUGAAUUCUAACUAUCAAUCAUCUGAAAUAAUUUGUUUCUAACGUUGUUUGGCUGCCAGAAGCCUUGGUUGGUUUGUGAUGAGGUCAUAAUGGUGUUGUUGAUAAGUGGAGAAUGAAUGGAGAUUUAUUUAACACAUCGAUAUGAGUGAGUCAGACUGUUCCUCCUUCUCCUCUUCUCCCCACAGGAAGCUCCUCUUUGACCCCCUUCUCUACCCCCCGCCAGCCCCUGCCACCACCCCUGUCCCUGCCCCCUCUGUCAGGGACCCAGUCCUCCUAUCGAAGCCCCCAGACCUCCAGACGUCAGGUAACACCCCAACACAGACACACAGCAUUUCUGUUGCACAACAUUUCGGUGCACUGACCCAUAGUAAAUGUGUCCAGAUUAGUUCCUAGAUAGAAAGUGUUUGUUGGAGGCCAGUGUCAGCCGGAGUUGGCAGCCGCUGAUAUCUGCUGCUGCUUCUUCUCUAUGCAUUUCUUGUUGUUUUGCAGAGGGUGUUUACACUUGAUAUAUUGGCUGUGUCAGAUGUUCUUAGUCAAUCGCUUGUCCCUGAACCCACUGGCCCCCCCUUUCUCCCCUGCGGGCCUAUGAAUCGCCCCCUUGUUUUUGGAGAGGAGGGAGGGAGUGCUUUAGAGAGGGAGAGCUGAGGGAGGAGAGGCUUUGAGUCAUCAGAGUGGGCAAGACUGGCGGGCGGUGGUGUCAGGCUUUAGAAAGUAGAAAACAUGCCCUCACGCCCCCGUCCUGCCAUCCCACUAUGGUCUGUCACAUGGGCUGGUUGCCCUGGCGAUGCUGUCUGUCCCUCUCUAUUUGUGAGCGGCCUACGCAGGGGGUCCUGGUGUUGUUCAGCCCUCUGGGUCUGUCUGUCUGGCUGAGGAUUUGUCUGUAGGAAACUUAAAUCCUGAAAAGAAACACUGUAGCCUAAUUUUCAGAUACAAUUUAUAGUAUACCAAAUCAUUAUCAACCAUUUUAGUAUAAUUAUGUGUGGAAUUAAUACUUAAGGCCCUGUGCAGUCAAAAACACGAUUUUCCUGUGUUUCAUAUAUUUCCACACUAUGGUUGGAAUAAUACUGCGAAAUUGUAAAAAUGAUGAUAAUGCCCUUUUAGUGUAUAAACUGUUUGAAAAGACAUCACCAGGCGGUAAGUUAGUUAAUAAACCAAUAAAAGAGUUUCAAACCGCUCUGCCAAUAACAACUAGUUUUCAGUUUACCCCUCCCCACUCAGACCACUCUGACAAUCUUGCUUGAGAAAAUGCUCUUUGCUAAGAAGCCAUUUUUGCUUAUUUUUGACAAUUUUAAUUGAAAACAAUCACAGUAAGGUACUUACAGUGCCUUCGGAAAGUAUUCAGACCCCUUGAUUUUUUUCCACAUUUUGUUACGGUACAGCUUUAUUCUAAAAUUGAUUAAAUUGUUUUCUCCCCUCAUCAAUCUACACACAAUUACCCAAUAAUGACAAAUAAAAAACAGGUUUUUAGAAAUUGUUGCUAAUUUUAUUAAAAAGAGAGAACUGAAAUUACAUGUACAUAAGUAUUCAGACCCUUUACUCAGUACUUUGUUGAAGCACCUUUGGCAGCGAUUACAGCAUCGAGUCUUCUUAGGUAUGACACUACAAGCUUGGCACACCUGUAUUUGGUGGUUUCUCCCAUUAUUUUCUGCAGAUCCUCUCAAGCUCUGUCAGGUUGGAUGGGGAGCGUUGCUGCACAGCUAUUUUCAGGUUUCUCCAGAGAUGUUCGAUCGGGUUCAAGAGAGUUGUCCCAAAGCCACUCCUGCGUUGUCUUGGCUGUGUGCUUAGGGUCGUUGUCCUGUUGGAAGGUGAACCUUCUCUGCAGUCUGAGGUCCUAAGCGCUCUGGAGCAGGUUUUCAUCAAGGAUCUCGCUGUUCUUUGCUCCGUUCAUCUUUGCCUCGAUCCUGAUCAGUCUCCCAGUCCCUUGCUCCGUUCAUCUUUGCCUCGAUCCUGAUCAGUCUCCCAGUCCCUGCCGCUGAAAAACAUCCCCACAGCAUGAUGCUGCUACCACCAUGCUUCACCGUAGGGAUGGUGCCAGGUUUCCUCCAGAAGUGAUGCUUGGCAUUCAGGCCAAAGAGUUCAAUGUUGGUUUCAUUAGACCAGAGAAUCUUGUUUCUCAUGGGCUGAGUGUCUUUAGGUGCCUUUUGGCAAACUCCAAAGGGCUGUUAUGUGCCUUUUACUGAGGAGUGGCUUCCAUCUGGCCACUCUACCAUAAAGGCCUGAUUGGUGGAGUGCUGCAGAGAUGGUUGUCCUUCUGGAAGGUCCUCCCAUCUUCAUAGAGGAACUCUGGAGCUCUGUCAGAGUGACCAUCGGGUUCUUGGUCACCUCCCUGACAAAGGCCCUUCUUCCCCUAUUGAUUUUGCUCUGACAUGCACUGUCAACUGUGGGACCUAAUAUAGACAGGUGUGUGCCUUUCCAAAUAAUGUCCAAUCAAUUGAAUUUACCACAGGUGGACUCCAAUCAAGUUGUAGAAACAUCUCAAGGAUGAUCAAUGGAAACAGGAUGCACCUGAGCUUAAUUUCGAGUCUCAUAGGAAAGGGUCUGAAUACUUAUGUAAAUAAGGCAUUUCUUCUCAUUAUUAUUUUUAUUUUUUUGCAAUCAUUUCUGAAAACCUGUUUUCGCUUUGUCAUUAUUGGGUAUUGCUGAGCAUUGUAAAAAAAAAAAAUCAAUUUUAGAAUAAGGCUGUAACGUAACAAUGUGGCAAAAUGUCAAGGGGUCUGAAUACUUUCCGAAGGCACUGUAAUUGUUACCCAGAAAUGAUUUGAUAUUGGGAUAAAAAUGGCUGCAUUGGACCUUUUUAACUGGUAACAUUGUGAAUGUCUUCCUUCAGAACUAUAGCUGUGAACUCAACUCCAGCUGUGGGGGAAAAGAACUGUGGAGCCCUACCUCCUUGUGUGGUAUGGCCACACCCCCUUCCUCCAGGGGCAUGUCACCCAACCCAGAGCUCUCCCAUAGUGCCUCUUACCUCUCAGGCCACCGCGUCCACAGCACAUCAGGUGAAAAUUGAUAAUUCAUCUAUACAACAUAUGUGUUUGUGUGAUUUGAUCUAUACUGAACAAAAAUAUAAGCGCAACAUGCAAUAAUUUAAACGAUUUUACUGAGUUACAGUACAUAUAAGGAAACCAGUCAAUUGAAAAAUGAAUUAGGCCCUAAUCUAUGGAUUUUUGACUGGGCAGGGGCACAGCCAUGGGUGGGCCUGGGAGGGAAUAGGCCCACCCACUGGGGAGCCAGGCCCAGCCAAUCAAAAUAAGUUUCCCCCCACAAAAUGACUUUAUUACGGUCAGAAAUACUCCUCAGUUUCAUCAGCUGUCCGGGUGACUGGUCUCAGACAAUCCCGCAGCUGAAGAAGCCAGAUGUGGAGGUCCUGGGCUGGCAUGGUUACACGUGGUCUGAGGUUGUGAGGCCGGUUGGACGUACUGCCAAAUUCUCUAAAACGACGUUGGAGACAGCUUAUGGUAGAGAAAUGGACAUUCAAUUCUCUGGCAACAGCUCUGGUGGACAUUCCUGCAGUCAGGAUGCCAAUUGCACGCUCCCUCAAAACUUGAGACAUCUGUGGCAUUGUGUAGUGUGACAAAACUGCACAUUUUAGAGUAGCCUUUUGUCCCCAGCACAACGUGCACCUGUGUAAUGAUCAUGCUGUUUAAUCAGCUUCUUGAUAUGCCACACCUGUCAGGUGGAUGGAUUAUCUUGGCAAAGGAGAAAUGCUAACUAACAAGGAUGUAAACAAAUUUGUGCACAACAUUUGAGAGAAAUAAGCUUUUUGUGCAUAUGGAACAUUUCUGGGAUCUUUUAUUUUAGCUCAUGAAACAUGGGACCAACACUUUACAUAUUGCGUUUAUAUUUUUGUUCAAUAUAGAUUUGAUAAACAAUAUUGACUUGUAUUAUAUAACCAACAUGCUUUUAGAAACCUUUAAAAUAUGUGAAGAAGGAUUUGUCUUUCUUCAACAUCAGAUUGUCAAUUUAUCUGUUUACAGUAUCCUUACAUAGCUUCAUGUGUGUCUGCAUCAUAGAAAUAGAAUGGUGUUGGAAAGCCAUUGUCUUUACACUAUACCACUCAUUGGGGGUUUUGUGGUGUAGAAGUGUGUGUCCCGCACUACCUGCGGAUGUGGCUUCGGAAAGUCAGAUUUGAAACCAGAUCUUUACACUGUAAAACUAUGGCUGCGUUUACACAGGCAGCCCAAUUUUGAUCUUUUUUUAACUUAUUGGUCUUUUGACAAAUCAGAUAAGCUCUUUUGCCAAUAAUUGGGCAUAAAAGUCAGAAUUGGACUGCCUGUGUAGCAUAUGUGUCGUGGAACCAGUUUCUCUAUGAAACCGGUUUCAAACUGACGUAGUGCAAAAAGGCCUAUUACAAUAUAUUAUUUGUUUUAAUAUGGAAUUGAUAAACGAUAUUGAUUCAUAUGAUAUAACAAUCAUGCUUUAGCAACUGAUCCCAACAUUUAUUGGUCAGGUUUUGUCAUGUGAUUAAUCCUACAUGACAUUUCCGUUGGUAUUUGUUCCUAAUUACUGUCUUCUGUAAGCAGGCGGGAAAGGAACACCUGCCUCAAGUACUCCUGCCACCACCUCCCCGCCCCCCACCCUCUCUGAUGAGUUCCCCACCAUCCCUCUGACCUCCAACACCACCAGUCCAUCCCGGAAGGUAGAGUAUGACAUCCAUGCCCACGAUGGGCUUUACUGGCCUUUGUAGUGUAGUAAGUAGAGACCUUGGGACUUCCUGGUUAAAUAAAGGUUUAAUAAAAAUUACAAUAAAAACUGUUCACUUUCAGCAUGGCCGCCCUGUAGAAGCAUCCAAACCCAGCCUGGUGAGGCAAGAACCAAUCAGAGAUCCUGAGAAAGGUGGAGAGUUCAUCAUCAACAACAACAGAGGUCAGUCAUCAUAAAAAAUGUGGAGUUGGAUAUUACAUUUGUAUGCUUUUUACCAAGUCCUUGGUUCUUAACCCUUGUCGAUCCAUGUUCUCUGGUGGAAGAUUGUUUUUAUGUAAAACUGUAUGUUUAUUGGCUGUCUUCUGUUUACUAGAUGCAAGUGGUGGUGAGACCGUUUCCAUGACACUGACAGAACUUUCAGUCUUUAUGAAGGAGCAGGAGCUGGAGCUUCAGCUGAGGACAGAGAGGGAAGAGGGUGAGGACACUGACUGAGAAUAGGAGUGUGCUGGUCUAAAUGAGGCUGACAUAACAUUUUCAUUUGAAUGAGAGUGAACCAUAUACAUUUCAUAGCAAUAGUCUUAAUGCACCAAUGACUGAAACGCCUGUUCCACUACAAGCCUCCUCAUGUCCCCUGUUUUACCUCCCCAAAAACUCACCAGCUGCUAUCACAGAGGAGCUCCUGGAGAUCACGGAGGACAAGCGGGACUUGGCCGCCCUGAGGGGCUUUGACUCCCCGUUCUACCGCACCACCGAGACCCUGACAGGUACCCAGGAGAAGCCCCUGCCCAACCCCCCAAUGGGCGGCCCCACGCUGCCCCGGGACCCCCACCAUGCUGUGUCCACCCUAGACAAGGCACUGGAGAAUGCCCAGGGGGCUAAUGGUGGUGGGGACAAUAGUAGGGGCUUGGCCCUGGAGCAGUCCUGGUCUUUCCAACCCAUGUGUCCCUUCAGCCCCAUCGAACACCCCCUCCACCAGAGUCCCUCUGCCCCAGAGGACGAGGUGGCCAAGUUCGGUGGCCUGUUCUCCCCCAGCCCCUCCAUGAAGAACCCCUCCCUGCCCUACGAGGCCCUGUUUGACCUGGCUCUGCCCCGGGCCGCAUCCCUCUUCGUGGGGAGGAGGACGUCGGAGGCCCUGGGCAGGGCUGCCCUGGAGAGGCUGUGCCAGCGGCAGGAGGGGCUGGAGGACAGGGAGGAGGAGGGCGAGGGGAUGGUGUCGGCUUCCCCCCUGGAGGUGCUGGAUCGUCUCGUUCAGCAGGGAAGCGACGCCCACGACAAGGUGCUCAACAGGUGAGGGGCCCAGCUUUUAAUAUUUGUGUCAGAUCACAGCUGUCUGACCAGCUUUAUGCUUAUCAGUCUCCAUCAAAACCAUCUGAAUAUGGGUCGUCUUAGUACCUAGUCCAAUAACAUGGGUGUCUGUGUGCUGUAUGUGUUGAAAGCAAGGGAAAGCCAGAGUGUAUGUGAUGUGACGCUCACUGUGUAUAACUGGGCUUGGUCCUUUCCAGUCCACUGGCCUGGCCCACGGGUAAAGCUCAGUGAGAACAACUACAGGCAUUGUCUGACACCCCCCAAACACACACACACACACACACACACACACACACACACUGUCCUCGCUCCUAAGCCAAUAAUACAACAGCAGAAGAGACCGUGUCAGCAGAGUUGGAGCUCUGCACAGAACAAUCUGGCUCUGCUCAUUUCAUCCCCCACCGCCCCCACCUCUUUAGUAUCUUCCCCAAAGCUGAAUAGCAGGCCAUGCCCUGCUUGAGGGAUGUAAUUGACAGGGACAGAGGCCCCGUACACAGAAAGGUGUGUCUCCAAGCCCAGAUGGGUCGAGAAGACUGGGAUCUACCGUUCAGAUCUUUCUAUGGGGGUGACGGAGUCUGAUGUACUGUCCCAAUGCUGACUCUGUUGAACUGACACUGUUUUUAAACAGUCAUGACUCUCUCUCUCUCUUACAGAUUACCUUUGCCAAGCAAGUCAGCUGACUGGACACAUUUUGGAGGUAUACAACCACCACCAGAGCACAGCAGCAACACUGUACUUUCAGCUAGUGCAACACAGCUUUCAGGACAUGUAGGCCUCAUGAUGUGUUUACCCUACAAUGACUACAAUGUAGUUUUCCUACAUCAGGCAGAAACGGAGGCUAUUUGACAAUGUUCUCCCACUCAUAAGUGCCUUUUGGAGGUAGAAUAGUAAUAAAAGUUACAGAUCAGUUGAGCUGAUCCUAGCUGCUAUGUGAGAUCCUCCCUGGGUGCGAACAAGGGGCUCUGUCUUAACCAUCUCCAGCUGCUGAUCACUGUAUAACAGCCUUUUGUCUGGGCCAAACCUCCCUCUCAGCCUGCCAAGUUAGAGCAUUGGAAUUGAAUAAGCUUAUAUAAGUCAUGUAUUUUUGAUUGUGUGUGAAACCAACUCCACAAAGAGCUUGUGGUUAACUUAUGUAAGCUCCCUCAUGACUCUGAGAGGCCUCGGUGUAAAGUUCUCAUAGAUUUUAUCUGCCAGUUUUAUUUUAUCUACACCUACUCAGUUCCCUUUUUUCUGUGUUAGUGUGACUACAUGCAAUGAACUAGUCAUACCACCUUCAUGCAUAACUAAAGGAUUAUGAAUAAUCAAUUUUCAAGAUAUUACUUAAAGUAGGUGUUAUGUACUGUGUAUGUGGGCCUGAUGAAAUUAGAGCUAAUGAACCAUAGAAACAAAGCUAUAUCUAUGUAAUGAACAGUACAAUUGUUUGAGCACAGAAUAGCAUUAGGAGAGGGGCAGAAAUAAAAUCAAUCCAUCAUAAAACUUCACAUCUACCCAGUGAAAUAAACCACAACUUCUACAGUGUGGAGUUAACAGUUAAUUCCCACAAACAAUGUGCUGGAAGUUCCUUGUUGUCAUCGCAUGAGAGGAACCAAAUUAAUUCAGUCUUAUCCUGAUAAUUAUAAUUCUACGACGGGCAUCAUUUUCCUGGUUGUUGUUAACCUGCUGUGUGCCUGUCCUCCCUCCCCAGGCUCGGCUCCGGUGGACGAGCUGCACGCGUUGCGUAGCCAGCUGCUCCUGCUGCACAGCCAGCUGCUGUACGAACGCUACAAGAGAGAGCAGCAUGCCGUCCGCAACCGACGCCUACUGCGACGCAUCAUCAAUGCCACCGCGCUGGAGGAGCAGAACAACGCCAUGGUAAUAAAUGCACCAGCUCCUCCCCUCCCGGAUUUGUCCAGUAGCUUCUCAGAACUAGUGCGAAUUGUUUGGGAGGUAGUGGUGUUGGAAUCGUGACUGUCUUAAGACGGUUAUCUUUAAAAGUAUCACGAAGAAGUAGAUGUUUUGUUGAUAAGUAUCACAAAACAGGAGCCUGCUCUUGAUCCAUUUCACUCACCGACUUUGUUGCGUGUAGUGGCUCAGUAGAGUAGGUUUUCCUUUGUUGCAUAUGGUGAAAAACAAGUUUCACAAAUGAUAUGUUUCAUUAAAUCAUAUGUCAUUGUAGAUUUCUUCAGAAACAGUGAGCGGUCUGUCAUCCUCUCUCCCUGUGUCCGCCUGCAGAAGGACCAGUUGAACCUGCAGAGUGUGGACAUCGUGUCUCUGAAGGAGAGUCUGCAGGUGGAGCAGCAGCGGUGCAGACAGCUGUGGGACGACAGAGAGACUGUGGUCACAAGACUACACAGCCAGGUCCGCCAGCUACAACAGGGCCGGGACGACUACUACACCAAGAACCAGGAACUGCAGGUAGACACAUGACCACAUUUACACAGAUUGCGCACAUAUGCGCUCACACACACACACACACACAGAAUAAUGUAUAUCAAAUCUUCCAUACUCUGUAUUGUACCCUCUCUGAUGUUCCUCUCCAGAGUCAGUUGAAUGAGUAUCAGAAGAAGAUGAAUGAGCUGGAGGCAGAUCUGCAGAGGUCCAACAACAAGGUGUGCCACACGGGGCACCUACUCAACCAGAUGACCACCAAGGUGAGGCACCUCAUCUAGAUCUACUUGCUCUCCUGCUGUAAAAUCAAUCAACAUGGAUGCUCUGCUUGCCACUUGUAGUAAAUCAGACGCUGUAUGUGGAAAGAUAAAAGGACUAAGAACAUAGUGUAUCCAUAAAUAAACCAAACAGAGGGCUUUGUGGGGUUGGUCUCCAUUCUGAUUGGUUGUCCCGUGUGUCCUUCAGCUGAGCACCAGUGAGCGCACCCAGCAGCAGAUGAGCUUCCUGAACAAGCAGCUGCUGCUCCUGGGGGAGGCCCACAAGCUGGCUGUACAGCGGCAGAAGCACACAGGCUCAGACAACGCCAUGGUAAGGGACCAAGGGCCAUUGAGAACAAAAUAAGAGGAACUGAGGGGGAAAAGAGGAACAGAAUCAGUACUACUGUAUGGGUAAAAGCUGAAUCAAUUAAAAGACCUGUCUUCCAUAUUGUGUUCCAUUGCAUUGUGGUAAAAGUUGUCAGGGGCGUAUGUAUUUGGAGAGGAACAACAACCUAUAGAUCCCCACAAUUUAUGUGUCAUAAUACCCAUAAAACCUAGCAGUCAAACAGGGAAAUAGUUCCAAUCGUUUUUCCACCAUUCAUUUUUCCCAUAGGGGAUUUUUGAUAACCGUGUAAAUCUCUCUCGGACAAGGUGACUUUUAUAUAUAUUCGGCUCUAUUUACUCUCAGGUUCGAAAAUGCUAAUUAGCAGCAAGGUAGACCUCAUGCAAGACUACAAAUCCCUGCAAGCUCCUGCUCGUCAUCUCUAGCUGACACCUUUGCUAACAGGUAUUGUGUCAUUUUAAAACUUGCCCAAGAGAGUUCACAGAAUUGUCAAUUUUAUAGAAAUGUUGCCAAUUUAUUCAUUACUACGUUUAGGUAACAUUAGAUAGUUAAUCGAGAGAUUCUUACCGAUUUGGCAGUCUCGUCCAGAUCAUCAUGGCAUUUGUAGUUCUGUGUGAUAGCCACAUUAGCAGAUAAUUAGCAUUUAAUUUUGGGGGGGUAAAUGCAGACAAAUAUAUUGACAAAAGUCACCUUGUCCGAGAGCAAUUUGCACGGUUAUCAAAACGUCACACCAGGGUAAGCCUACAUGAAACACAGCCCUGAAUUUAAGUGUUUCUAAAAUCCCCUAUGGGAAAAUGUUUAUGGUGGAAUUUCUUUUUAGUCAUUUAGCAGACGCUCUUAUCCAGAGCGACUUACAGGAGCAAUUAGGGUUAAGUGCCUUGCUCAAGGGCACAUCGACAGAUUUUUCACCUAGUCGGCUCAGGGAUUAGAACCAGCGACCUUUCGGUUACUGGCACAAUGCUCUUAACCACUAAGCUACCUGCCGCUCCAACAACGAUUGGAACCAUUUCCCUGUUUGACCGCUAGGUUUUAUGAUUCAUACUGUGGUACUCUAUACAUACCAGACGAUACCUCUCAUGGAGGCCACUGGCCAAAUCCUGGCCAGACUAGUUUAACAGUCCCCAUGCCACCACCCUCUCUUUCUCCCUGUAGGAGGCCCAGAUGGUGCAGGCAUCCUGGGGGAAGGAGGUGGAGAGGCUGAGGCAGAGCCUGCUGCAGCAGGGCCAGAAGCUGGAGGCAGCGCAGCAGAGGGUGGGCGAGCUGGAGACACAGCUCACCAAGAAGGAACACCUCAUCGUGGAGCAGAAGAAGUUCCUGGAGGACGUCAAGGGCCGGGCUAAGUAUGAGCACUCCAGUUUUAGAGGUGUAAAAGGCCUCAAGGCUUAUUUACAAGCUCCCUUUGAGGUUCAUUGUAUUGUUGUUUUGGAUCAACGCAGUUGGUUUGUGGGUUUUUAUGCACAACUGUAUGUGUUAGCACAUCAGCUAGCUCUGUUUUUGUCUCUGUAAGUGUGCGAUAUGAACAUGUCCAUCUGUCUCUGUGCAGGGGCGAGCUGCAGGCGUCAGACAGCAGGUACCAGGCCCAGAGGAGAGUGACCCAGCUCCUGCAGACGGAGCUGCUGCAGCUCUACAGUAGACUGGAGAUGGAGGGUCAUGUCUGCUCUACCACAGCCUCAGCAGGGGGCAGCAGUACCGAUCCUGGCCCUCCUAUAGACUCUAGGUGAGAUGGCAGUCAAACUGUUAAAGUUCCAUUUGCUUAACUUUAUGGAAUGCACAUGUGGAAAGGUGUGUGUGUGUGUGUAUGUGCCAUUAGAAGCCAAAUGUAUAUUUGAAAGUAAUCCCCUUCCAUGUUUUCCUCCCCUGUCUCUAUGGUAAUGGCAGUAUCAUGGAGCCAGAUGGACCAGUCACAUCAGGGACCAAUGAGUGCUCAGAUGACGGCAGACCACCUCAGUCCCCACGACGCAACGGCAUCACUUUAUCUCCAGGGCAACCAAAGGCGAACAACCCCCCCAAGUCGCCCCCUGUCAACUCGGUCAACGGCACCCAGGAAGUCCCCAAGCCUCUCCUUGUGGAGCCUUCCCUCUCCUGUCCCCAUGCCCCCCCACUGCCCCCCGACGCCACCCCCCUCACUGUUGGCUCCUACCCCAGCGCCAAGAGCUUCCUGGGCAUGCGGGCGCGGGAGCUGUUCCGGAACAAGAGCGAGAGCCAGUGUGACGAGGAGCCGCCGCCCCCCCGCCUGGCCGGCCUUUCACAGUGCCUGAAGACUGAGCUGUGUGUGGAGCCCUCAUUUCCCCCACUGGGGAAUGCUCUGACAUGUCCUGUCUCUAACCCUGUCCUUAACCUUACCCUUGUCCCUACCCUUUCCCCUGCCCUUGCGUCUAUACUGGGUGCCCCUCUCACUGUGCCCGCCAAGGAGCACCCGCCUGAAACCAAGCAGAGAGCUACCAAGCAGGAGACUACCAGACGGAAGAUGGGAGGAGCAAGGGGAGGGGCGGCGGCCAGUUCAGCACGACCCAGACAGCAACCGCAACUAAGGAUCAUGGACUACAACGAAACGCAUCACAAGCACAGU